UGGUGACAUGUUUGGGCUCUAUAUCACAAAGACGCAACCACAAUCGUUUAAUCUUUUUGCCCCGGUUGGAGAAAUUAAGGAGACGCCAAAAAAGGCUGUGGAAACUCGCUGUCCCCUUUUCCUUCCUUUCCCUCUGUCUCCUCUUCUUCCUCGCGAAUUAAUCCCGAGAGGAAACGAAUCAUUCGAGGUCGAGGCGAGAUCCGAAAUUCCGAAUCCCAAACCCUAAGACGGUGGAGGAGGGAAGGGAAAGGAGGGAAAGAUGAGCGUGAUCGAUAUAUUGACGCGCGUCGACGCGAUCUGCAAGAAAUACGACAGAUACGACGUCGAGAAGCAGCGCGCAGAGAACAUCUCCGGCGAUGAUGCCUUCGCCCGCCUCUUCGCCGCCAUCGAGUCCGACAUCGACGCCGCUCUCCAGAAAGCGGAGAUGGCGGCCGGGGAGAAAAACAGGGCGGCGGCGGUGGCGAUGAAUGCCGAGAUCCGGCGCACCAAGGCCCGGUUGAUGGAGGAGGUGCCCAAAUUGCAGAGGUUGGCGCUCAAGAAGGUCAAAGGUCUUUCAAAAGAAGAACUUGCAACACGGAAUGAUUUGGUUCUUGCACUACCAGAGAGGAUCCAGUCGAUUCCAGAUGGGAGCACAACUGGCAACAAACAAACUGGAGGCUGGACUGCUUCGGCUUCUCGCCAAGAAAUUAAAUUUGACUCAACUUCAGAUGGAAGAUUUGACAGUGAGUACUUUCAGCAAACUGAAGAAUCCAGCCAAUUCAGGCAAGAGUAUGAGAUGCGCAAAAUGAAACAGGAUCAAGGUUUGGAUGUUAUAUCUGAAGGUUUGGAUACACUGAAAAACAUGGCCCAUGAUAUGAAUGAGGAAGUGGACAGGCAAGUCCCUUUGAUUGAUGAGAUUGACACCAAGGUGGAUAAGGCUACUGCAGACCUUAAAAAUACUAAUGUGAGACUGAAGGAGACUGUUAACCAGCUGAGAUCCAGUCGCAAUUUUUGCAUUGAUAUCAUCCUGCUUUGUAUUAUUCUGGGAAUUGCUGCUUAUCUAUACAAUGUAUUGAAAAAGUGAGAUACUUUCUGGUACCAUUGCUUGGUCUUGCAGCUGACCACGAGAAUGUGAUUCAAAUGGGCCAAGAUGUUACGUACUCAUCCGUGUUUCCCCGUUAUUUUCUGCUUGUAUAUUUGUUUUCAAACCAAAACACAGAGACAUGUUUGAGUUUUCCGGAUAUUACAGGAAAGUCGUGGCUUGUGUAUUAAUAGUUCGAAUGUUGGUGUCUUUUGCUUUAUAUACAGCCUACGGACGAAAGGAUGUUUGCAGUUCGAUGCCCA